AUGUCUUCUAAUAUAUCUGUCUGCUUUCUCUCUCACUAUAUAUAUAUCUUCACUCUUUCUUUCUAUCUAUCUAUCUAUCUAUCUAUCUAUCUAUCUAUCUAUCUAUCUAUCUAUCUAUCUAUCUUAGUCGGUUUGUUCUUUCUUUCUUUCUCUCCUUUCUUUCUUUCUUUCUUUAUUUCUUUCUUUCUCUCCUUUCUUUCUUUCUUUCUUUCUUUCUUUCUUUCUAUUUUUCGUUCUUUCUAUCUUUCUUCUGUUCUUUCUUUGUCUUUCUCUCUUGCGUUCUUUCUUUUUUUAUUUCUGAUUUCUAUCUAUCUAUCUAUCUAUCUAUCUAUCUAUCUAUCUAUCUAUCUAUCUAUCUAUCUAUCACAAUCAUUUCCUAUCUAUCUAUCUAUCUAUCUAUCUAUCUAUCUAUCUAUUAUACGUUGUUACCAUCUUUCUUUCUUUCUUUCUUUCUUUCUUUCUUUCUUUCUUUCUUUCUUAACCAUGUUCGUCUUCUUUCUUUGUACAAACCUUCAUCGCUCUCAUGUCUUUUCUUUCUUAUAUAUCUCCUUAAAUUCGGCCAUGUGUCUCUCUUCUCAAAGCCAGUCAAUGACAUAUUGA